AUGGAGGCGGUAAAGGCGUUCAACGCGGAGCUUUCUGCUCUCUAUGAUGUUAAACCACCCAUUUCAAAAGCUAAAAUGAAUUCGCUUACACGGGGUGCCAUCAAAGCAAUAAAAUUCUAUAAACAUGUUGUACAAAGUGUGGAGAAAUUUAUACAAAAAUGUAAACCUGAAUACAAAGUACCAGGAUUGUAUGUAAUAGAUUCAAUUGUCCGACAAUCUCGACAUCAGUUUGGGAUGGAAAAAGAUGUGUUUGCACCACGAUUUGCAAAAAAUAUGCAAACUACCUUUCUUAAUCUUUUAAAGUGCCCACAGGAAGAUAAGAGCAAAGUUAUACGUGUAUUGAAUCUUUGGCAAAAAAAUGCUGUUUUUCCACCAGAAGUUAUUCAACCACUUUUUGAUCUGGCGGAUCCAAAUCAUCCGAUACAUAAGGAGCAACCAGUAAAUAGCAAUGGUACAUUGAAUGCAUCAUCUGGAAAUAAUUUAAGUAAUGUGAAUGCAGUCACUAAAACUCCACCAUCUGCAAUUAAAAAUGCUGUAAAGGAUUCAAAGCUAUUUCCAUCUGGCAAGACAAUUGAUCCAGCAUGGCUCGCACAAACAAAAAUGGAAGCGGCAAAUAUAGUCAAUGCAAAUAAACUUUUGAGUCAAUCCAACUCCGGUCAAGUAGAUCCUACUUUUCUUGAUCAGUUACAACAUUUACAACAAUUACUUUUGAAAAAGCAGGAAGCUACGAACGAACCAAAAAGUUCUGUCAAGUUUGAUAAAAAAUUAUUAGACUUUGAUUAUGGAGAAGAAGAGGAUGACGAUGUCGUUGUUACUAAUUCUCCGAAUACAACCGCUUCGGCGAAUACUCAACACAAUGCGGUCUCGACAAACAGCAGUCUGGAAAGUCUGGGACUGUUGCUCACGAAUCCAGAGGUUCUGAGACAACUGCAAACUUUGCAACAAACUAUGCAAAGCAACGCGUCCUCUUCGCAACACGAAAUGGAAGAAAAAAUGCGCAAGUUGCAGCAAAUGAAGCAGCAGGAAGAAGAAUUUGACAAGCAUUUAGCACAAACUGUUCCUAAUCUUCCAUUUGCGUCUGAGUGCGAAUUAAAGCCUUCUGAUAUUUUAAAACCAAAUACCCAGAGUUAUGCGUCAGGUAUGAAUAGCAAUGUGAUACAAGAUAUGAGCCAGCCACCACCUGGCUAUCCACCAGUUCUGCCAUAUGCGCCGCAAUCCUUAUCGAGCAUUAGACAAAUCAAUCAAUCGGCACAUCAAAAUCAAAAAAGUCCAUUGCUUGACGAACGUCAAGAUACACAAGAUUACUCCGGUAAUGGUGCCAGACGUGAUAGUAGUAGUGUGGAAAUUGUAAAUUGCGAAAAUACAAGUUCGCAAAGUAGAUCGCCAGAACGGUAUCGACAUCACAGUCGAUCCCGAUCUCCACGACAUAGAGAUAGGGAUAGAGAUCGAGAUAGAGAUAGGAAAUCUCGAUCUAGAAGUAGAUCGAGGAGAAGAAGGUCUCGUUCAAGAGACAGAGGCCGUGACAGGAAACGCGACGAUAGUCGGGAAAAGAUGACGGAAGAAGAACGGGAAAAAGAAAGGGAGCGACGCAAACGUGGUUUGCCACCGAUAGUUAGGGAUAAAUUAAGUGUUUGCAGUACAACACUUUGGGUAGGACAUUUAUCAAAACUUGUGCACCAAGAAGAAUUGUCGGAUACAUUCGGAGAACUUGGUGAUAUCGUUAGUAUUGACUUAAUCUCGCCGAGAGGUUGUGCUUUUAUAUGUAUGAACAGAAGACAGGAUGCAUAUCGAGCGCUUACAAAAUUGAAAAAUCACAAGAUGCAAGGCAAAGCUAUCACGUUGGCAUGGGCGCCUGGUAAAGGUGUAAAAGGCAAAGAAUGGAAAGACUACUGGGAAGUAGAGCUUGGAGUGAGUUACAUCCCUUGGAAUAAACUAAGCAAUAUUACCGAUCAAGAAUUAGAGUUGUUAGAAGAAGGCGGAAUGAUAGAUGAAGAUACAUUACCUCCCCAUUUAAAAGGAAAAUUAAAACAUACUAGUACGAAUGCGGAUAUACUACAGCAACAGCUGCAAUUGCAACAGCAAGCACUGGUCGCCGCUGCAAACGCCGGUGCUCCCAUUCCUACCUUAACUGAUGGUAUUGUGAACGUUAUACAAUCGUCGGCUGGUUCGCAACAACAACAGCAACAGCAACAAUUAGUCGACACCAGUCAACCGCCACCGAUCAGACCGCCAACAUCGGCUGCGUUAUUGCCGCCUCCGAAUACGCAGUUGCAGAUGAUGCCGCCGGCGUUUACGAUGCCACGAAUGAUUAGCCACAUGAGCCUACAGAUACCGCAUGGAUUAAUGCCGAACGUCCCGAUUGGAGUUCCGCCGCCUAAUAUGCAGAGUCUGUUAGGACCUCCUGGAAUGAUGCAGACUAUGUUGACAUCUCCGGUUAACCCACCAUUCGGAGCAGGUGUUGGCGUAGGUCUACUGACACAGAUUCCACUGCCCGCACCAGCAGCGCCUUCAGAUAAACCAAACUCCACUGGUAUGCCGCACAACGUUCCACCGAUUGGAGUACCACCGCCCACGACAGAGACGAGUAUGCCGAACUUGCCGAUGCUGCGGCAGCCGUACGGGGUUGGUCCGGCGCCGCCGAUGCAGAUGCAACUACCUCAGCAGCAGCACCACGCGGAUGACAUGGAUGUGGAGAUGGAGGACGCGAUGCCGCAGAGCCUAACCAGCAGCGUAUCCAAGGACAAGCAGCCGAAUCUCAGCGACCAAUUGAUCGCAGCGAUGAACAUGAGCGGCGCUGUGAGCGACAAUCGGCUGGAGAACGAUCAGGCUCGCGAGUACAAGGAACGAGAUCGCGAUCGGGAGAACAGGGAGAGGAGAGACCGCAGUGAUCGCGAUCGCGGCGAUCGCAUGGACAUAAACGAGUGCAGGAUGGAUCGCGGCCGAGAAAGAGGAAGGGGACGGGAACGCGGCCGAGAUAGACGGAGGGAUAACCGCGAGGGUCGCGACAGAGACAGAGACGACAGACGCGACAGGGAGAAUCGGGAAGCCCGUGAGAGCAGAGAGAGCAGCGUGAGACACUCGGAGGGACCAGGUGCGCAGAAUCAAAACGUCCAGGAAGGCGAAGGUAUGACGAAGAAGGAGGGGCCCAAGCCCAGCCUAGCCGAUCGACUGCGACAACUGGCGGACGGCACGUUGCCGCUGGACGAUCGAAUGGUGGACAGAAAUAUACGCGGUAAUCGCGCCGAGCGCACCACCGAGCGGAAUGACAGGACCUUCGAGGAAAGCCCCGGCGCGGUUGGACGGCGACCACCAAGCGACAUGCCGAUCUCUCUGAUGGACUUGCCGAAAUUUGCCGGAGUUCUGCCACCGGAUCGGACGGACUUUCCGCGAGGGCCGGAUUUCCGGGGCGGACCGCAAGACGUGCGAGAGUUCCCGCAACGUGGAUUGACCGAGCGACCGAACUUUCCGCCGCGCGGCGGUCCGAGAAAUUCGCAGAUGGACGAUUUCCUGGAUCCAAGGAUGCAACCCGGUAUCUUCCCGGAGGAUUACGAGGGCAGAUUAGGCCACAACGGACCGCGGCCCGACGACUUUCCGCCGAACAGAUUGGGUCCUGCUCGGGAGGAGUUUGAACGACCGGAAGUGCGUGCUCGUAGGCCACCCGUGGACGAGUAUGAGCGCGAUCGCUUCGAGUACGAGAUGAGACGCGACGGAUUUGAUCCACGAAUGCAGGACGGCUUCGAUCCAAGGGGUCACAAUGAGCGCUCCGACUUCGAUCCCCGCAGAAGGGAAUUUUUCGGUGGUCCCAUGGAGCCUGUGUUCGGAAUGCCGCCGUUAAUGGGUCCAAAAGGACCAAGAGGACCGGUCGGCCCUGACGCUUUUGGACCGCGCGGAUCUAGAGGACCUGGUCCUUUGAUGUUUCAUCCGCGAGGUAUGGGUCCGAGGGGUAUGAGACCCGGAAUGAGGCCACCAUUCGCUCCUCGAGGUCCACCGUUCGAUCCCAGAGAAGCGGAUUCGUUCUUCCGGCCGACGUUCGACGAUAUGCGUGGUCGUCCCGGACCGCAUAUCCGACCGCCAUUCGGUCCGAUGGGUCCGCCGGCCAUGCACGGACCGGAUGGACCAUGGAGGAAUCAGGAGGGCGGCGGUCCGCCGCCCGCAUCGUGGCCCGGACAGGAACCCGACGGACACGGACAACGAGAGAAUCAUCUGUCGAGAGACAAGCAAAAGGUAACGAAGCAUCAGGACUAUAAAAACAUAUCCGAGCGGGAGAACCGCAAUCGGAACCGCAAGUCGAGGUGGGGAAACGUUAGCCCACCCUUGACAGACGACGUGGACGAGAUACUGCCAGCGGAGGAGACCGAGAACAAGACCGGAAUAUCGGAGAGCGGGGAGCAAGAGCCAAAAGAUAGUUUUGACGCCUCGUCUUCGGCCGUCGAUCAGCAAAGUUUCUUGAUGCCGAUGGAGCAAAACGAGUCGGCGGCCCAGGAGCAAGACGCGAUGCAGGAUGAUGGAGAAAGCGAGUUGACGAACGUACCGAAUAGCGAAAGUAUCGGCGAGGUCUGCUACGAGGGUCAAGCCAAUCCCUACGAAAUUGACGCGGACCAUUUCUCCGGCGAUGAUUUAGCGCUAAAGCAGCGAGUCGAAGAGCAACCGUGUGAAUAUGAGGCACUCAUUCCAGCUGAGGAUUCAGCGCAGCACAGUGCGGUACAGUCGAUCGAACAAACAGAACACGCGAGUGAAAAAAACUAUAGUGAGCAAUUAGUGGAACAGCAAGUGGAUUCAUUAUAAGCCGAAGAGGAAAGAGAAACAAAAGG